AUGUCGUUGGCUUCGCCACUGAUCCCUAUCAAAAGGGCUCCAGUAAAUUCAAGAAAAUAUAAGAGUCGAGAACAUUUUGCGAAUGACAAAAAGAAUGCAGCUCCGAGAGUGGAUUCUCGUCAAUCGAACAGUGACUUGUCCUUUUCUAAUUCCAGGAAGGUUCUGAAACAAACAGGGUCGCACCAGAAAACAACCAAAGACACUCAAAGUAACCUUGGAUUCCAGAAAAAUAAACUGUCCAGCUCAAAAAAACUGCCACUUAUACCGGAGUGCUCUCGUGAAGGUCUUGGGCAUGAAACAAGGUCCUGUGUAACACCAGAUCACCGUGCACGCGUUGGAAACGACUCUUGCAACGGUGUUUCUAAAUCCCAGUCUUCACAUUCAAUGAUUGAACAAGCUAAUGAUUCGGAUAAUGAAUUUUAUGACGCCAUUGAAGCCACAGAAGCAAGUUUACCUGUAACAACCCAAAUCACAAAGAAAGCCGAUGCAAAUCAAAGCCCAUCUGACGUGUCUCCCGCCCCGCAUCCCAAUUUUCAAGGAAAAUUCAAUAAAAUACAUGACUUGCAGCUUCUUGCCAGUAAUGCCAAGGACCGAUCUGCGCGCAUCUCUCGUCUCACUUAUGCUGAUGUUAGGCAAUUGCCAGACAACAUGUACCAAGACAUUCUUGUGACACACCGCGCUUUACAUUGCUUCCUUAACAGCCGCAUGAUGGAAGCUUAUGAAAUUGUAGAACCCUACUCUGAAUGUCGUCUCUACUACACUCUUGGUUAUGCUCUCUUGUCAACAAUCAAGGCUAUGAUGACAUUUGAACAUCAAGACCUCGGCACCGCUAUAUCACAUUGCAGGGAUGCACUUCAUAUUGCUCACUUGCUGCGCAAAAAGCAAUCUGCUUUGUCUUCAUUUGGCCGCUUUGUACGUGGUGCGGGUCCCUCUGUGGCGUGGUUUUCUUCAAUGACACCUGUGGAAAAGCAUGCAGAACUUAUAUCUUCUGAAUGCACGCUUCUCAAAGCCGUAUUGGGCAUUGCGCAUUCAGGUGAUAUUCUUGGUUCUUUGUCUGAAAUAUUCCAUCUACGAGCUGCGUAUGGUGAAUACAGAAGCCUUCUCAAGUUUAUUGAAUGGGAAGAUGCACAUGCGCAGGAAAAAACAGAUGAACAUUUUCGCAGCGGUGUGUUCCUGGGCUCAGGAUGUAUCAGCUUGAUUUUGGGACUGUUGCCUUCCAAGGUGUUGAAGAUCAUGGAGAUUUUCGGCUAUGAAGGCGAUGUACAGGUGGGCCUAAGGCUUUUGUGCCAAGCAUCUGGAUGGAAUCCUGAUCCAUCCAAGAGAGUUCCUUUGCACACAAUUGAGACAGAAGGCAUACGAGGCCCUCUUUCUGAUAUGGCUAUGUUGAUGUAUCAUUUGGUCAUUUCCACAUUUAUUCCAGUGCCACAUGUCAACAUCGACUUUUCAGAAAAAGUAUUGAACUAUCAUCUUCAGCGCUAUCCUCAAGGUGUAUUUUUCCUCUACUUUCAAGGUCGUCUAUAUUCCACACAAGCUCGCUCUGCAAAGGCCAUUGAAUGCUUCAAAGAAGCUCGUGAUGUCCAAAAUGAGUAUGUGCAGCUCAAGCACAUUUGCUACUGGGACAUGGCACUUGCUUAUAUGUCUUUGAACGAAUGGAGAAAGACGAGCUUCUGCUUCACAGUGCUGGCUAACGAGAACAAUUGGUCGAAGGCGCUGUACCAUUAUGCUCGUGCCGCUUCGCUGUAUGAAACAGGCAACGCAACAGAACGAGAGGAAGCUAAAGAAGUGAUGGAGCGUGUGCCCUCUAUGACACAACGUAUUGCGGGCAAAAGCAUCCCUCUUGAAAAAUUUGCGGCUCGUAAAGCUCGCAAGAUGACGCAAUACGGAUACCUCUUCCAUCCUGCUAUGGAAUUUGCUUAUUUGACACACUGUUACACUUCGUCUUCUCCCAGCUCGCUUUAUCAACGAUCUUUACCCAUUAUCGAAAAAGAACUGGCGCGUAUGGAGACAGAAGCCAACCCGGUUCAAGAUGACCUUUGUCUGGCGCACUUUUUGCACGGUGUCAUUCUGCGCAAUUUAGCUUACCCUGAAAACCAUGUCAAAAAAGACUCUUUCGAGGGAUAUUUCAAUGCGUCUGAAGCGUGCACUAAGGCUGAAACGAGCCUUUUGUAUGUGGCUAAACAUGGUGCCUUGUGUGAGUACGACCACUAUAUGCUAUACUUUUGUCAUUAUGAACUCGGUCGCCUAUACAUCAGUAUGGGACGACACGCUGAUGCUCGCUCACAAUUAGAGCUGGUUCUCAGUGGUAAAAAUCUUGGUGACCAUGGCCGUAAAGGCAAAUACAGCAUGCAAAACAUGUGUGUAUUGCGUUCUAACGCUGCUCUCGAAUUAAUGUAA